AUGGAAAACUGGGCGAAGAAGAAGAACGUAGAAGAAGAGAACCACUUUCAGCGCUUGCCGGACGACGUCGUAGUCAACAUCUUCGACAAGCUUUCCGACAUCAAGUGGCUGUGCAGAUGCUUGGUGGUCUCUAACCGAUUCUCUUCCCUCAUCCCUCUCAUCCAAACUGUCUCCAUCAAAACGAACGUCGUGGAUUGCCUUUCCUUGUCGGGGAAUGUUUGUGACCUCGAGUUCUUCGCGAAGUUGACUCAGAUUCGAUCCCUGAAUCUCGACCUUGUCUCCGAUUUCGACGCCAACAAGGAUUCUGUUUUCAAAUGGGGUGCCAAAUUCACCUCAGAUCUGGACAGCCUCACGUUUCUCUACGCAGCAUCUCUCUCUAAAAGGAUGGAAUCUGAAGAAGAAGACGAAGAAGAAGAAGAAGAAGCAGAGGACGACAAAACUGAGAAUGAGGUAACUCAGGAAGAGCAGUUUCGCCGAUUAUAUCUAGCCAUGGAUUGUGUAAAAGAGGGACUGUGGUGGCUACUAAUCUUGUCUCGUGGUAUCCGUAAUUACCCGAUGCUUCAGAGCAUUACCAUCACCGAUUCGACGAACAAAGGGGUGAGGCUCUAUUUGGGUGGUGAAAAGCUUGUGGAUUGCAGGAAUGCUUUCAAGAACGACAUUAAGUGCCCAGAAGAGGCAGUGCCACGGCAAGAGUCUAUUAGGGUUGGGAGUGUGCCUGUUUUACAGCUCCCUAUGUCUGGGUAUGUGAUGAAAGGGGUGACCAUUGUUCACGUCAAACUGUGUCGUGGUGAUGAUUCUGAGUCUGACGCCCAGUUGGCCAUGGUGGAUGCAUUUGCGGAAGAACGAGGUGUUUUUUCAGAAGCAGUGGUGCAAAUUCUGAAAAGCUACAAAGCCGUAUCAAAACUUUUCAAAGUUUCAUGGGCCAACCACCUUGACGGGGAAGUUGGCAAUAAUGGCCACAUUCAGUUUAUUCUGGCAGUUGUUUGCUUAGAGAUUGCGUUGAAAUACCUGUUAAAUUUCCCUGGAAACUUCCUGCUGUGGGAGGUGUAA